GGGGACGAGCACUUGAAAGGUUUUAAAAUGGCUGCGCCCGUCUUGUUUUUCUUUUGAUCGUCCUCAGUUUUGGUUUUAGGAGUAAGCUAGAUAGGUGCCACAAUGGCAAACUCAGACGGCAAAGACAGUACACCCAAACAGCUGCAGUUUGCCCCGUUCAGUAGCGCCCUCGAUGUUGGAUUCUGGCACAGACUGACGAGGAAGAAGUUGGAGGUGUAUAAACUUGAUGAUACACCCAAGCAAAUCAAUGGAUAUUACUACAAUGGAGACCCAGAUGGACUUCCAUCAAGAACAAGUUUGGAUUUCAACUCAUUUGAUGAGCCAGCGGAAUGUCCUCCUCAUUGUUUCCCGUCUUGUGGCACCCUGCUCAACUUGAACACAAUAGAUGCGUUCAAGUCAUGCGACAAGAAGUCUGAGCUGGAGAGGGCAGCAGACUUGAUCUGGAGAGAUAUCACGUCUGGAGCAGCAAUCUCUGAUCCCUCACUGCUGUCUAGGUUUCUACUGUUGACUUAUGCGGACCUUAAGAAGUACCACUUUUUGUUCUGGUUUGCCUUCCCGGCGCUUUGCAGUCCAGAAAACGUUGUCAUCAAUCAGACUCGGCAUCUUAACCAAUGCUUCAAUGAACAACAGAUUCAGUCUUUGCAGGAGUCGUACGAUGCAGUUGUGGACAAUCACAAAGGGCUGGCAUUCUUCCUGGUGCAGAAGAAAGAUGAUCUCCUCACAGUGUUUCAACUCAGUGACUGGGACUUGCUCUCAGACAAGUCACAGGUGAUGCUUGGUUUUUGCGACCCAUGCACUCUGGAUCAGUACCCAGGAUGGCCGCUAAGAAACUUCUUGUGUUUGGCAGCAUACCACUGGGCUGAUGAGCUUCCAAGCCUCCAAGUGUUAUGUUUGAGAGAUAGGACUAGGGAGGGAGUCCGUAGCACAGAUCAUAGUCUGGUGUUAGACAUCCAGCUGCCGUCAAUCAAGUCUUUGUCCGAAUGUCCUAAAUGCGUUGGAUGGGAAAAGAACAAGAACAAGAUGGCGCCACGAAAAGUUGACCUCAGCGCCAGUAUGGACCCAACAAAACUGGCAGAGUCGUCAGUAGAUCUAAAUCUGAAGCUGAUGAGAUGGCGCUUGCUGCCCUCGCUUGAUCUGGAUAAGGUAGCCCAGACGAAGUGCCUUCUGCUGGGAUCCGGAACCCUCGGCUGCAAUGUGGCCAGAUGCCUCAUGGGUUGGGGUGUGCGGACCAUCACUUUGGUGGAUAACUCCAACGUGUCGUACUCGAACCCAGUCAGGCAGAGUCUCUUUGAGUUUGAAGACUCACUAGAGGGCGGCAAACCCAAGGCACAGACUGCUGCCAAUAGACUGAAGUUAAUCUUUCCUGGAGUGAAUGCAACAGGGCUCUCCUUAUCCAUUCCAAUGCCUGGACACGCAAUCGGCUCAUCAGAGGAGAUUCUUAAGCAAACCAAGGAAGAUGUAGCAAAGCUGGAGGAGUUGAUCGAUGCACAUGAUGUCGUGUUCCUCCUCAUGGACACCAGAGAAAGUCGCUGGUUACCAACUGUCAUUGGUGCAAGCAAAAGAAAGAUGGUCAUGAAUGCAGCGCUGGGCUUCGACACGUACAUGGUUGUCAGACACGGUCUCAAACCGCCAAAAGAUGGCUCUGAUGAGAAUGUUGCCGCUGGUGCAUCAGCAGCAUCCUCCGGUGGAGCAGACAGCGCACCAUCGCUUAACUGUAUUCCAGGAGAGAUGUUGGGUUGCUAUUUCUGCAAUGACGUGGUUGCCCCCGGGGAUUCGACCAAGGAUCGGACAUUGGACCAGCAGUGUACUGUCUCUAGACCAGGUCUGUCUAUGGUAGCAGCUGCACUGGUAGUAGAGCUAUUGGUCAGCUUAUUGCAACACCCACAAGGGGGUUAUGCAUCAGCAGACACCAGUGCAAAAGAUGAUCACCUGACUACAUCUCUAAUCUCUCCUCUGGGUCUAGUACCACACCAGAUUCGUGGAUUUCUCUCUCGCUACCAUAGCCUCCUUCCAUCCAGCUUCGCAUUUGACAUGUGUACAGCUUGCUCCUCCACUGUACUAAGACACUACGAGACAGAAGGAUUUGAAUUCCUGCUGCGUGCUUUCAACCAACCCCACUAUCUGGAGGACCUGACUGGACUGACUAAGCUACACUUAGAAACUGAGAAUUGUGACAUUCUAGAAUUUAGUGACAGUGAGAGCAUCACUUCCAUUAAUUGAACUGCUCAGACUAGCUUUGCUAUAGACCCCACUGCACAACAUGCAGCGCGCACACAGGCACGUCUCCUGUCUGCCAUUUUGGGGGUUAAAAUUUGCACAAAAGGACACUACACAUGUUUACGCGCCAAUCCACAUGUUAACCAUAGAUAUAGAAUUAAAAUAACUAGAUCGCACGUACAUACGCGCCAUUGCCUGUGAGCAAAAGUUUUUGUACGC